UUAUAGUUUAUUUCUAAACUCGAAACUCGUAAGAACAUUUUUUUGUACUGUAAAAACACAAUACAAUUGUUCUGAAAUAUCUUUUGAAAUUUAUUUGUUUAGAAAACAUAAUUAAAACAACUUAUGUAGCAAACAAUAUAAAAUUUAAGUUAAAAUUUUCUAGAAGCCAAAAUGACUGAAACCGUUCGUGGCAACAAAGCCUCUGUAUUGAGGUCGCGGAUACCCCGCUUUAGAGACAACCGGUCGCAGCUCACCUCUUUGCCCCCUCUACCAAAGGAUCGACAGCGCAAAUCCGAGGCGGAAACCGUCUCGGAAAUACGAGCCCGCUCAUCGUCGUGCACACCGUGGCGGACAUGCCCAACCUUUACAUUACAAGCCAGACAGAACUGGAUGCAGGCCCUCGAGGCGGAUCAAAAGAAUCUUGAGAUUAUACAAAACACUUUUAUGAACAAGAUCCGCAAAUUCGCUGAACAGGGUCGGAAGCUUCCAGGCACCUACAAGUUUGUGGUUAUGGUGUGCAAUGAUAAUCGCGAGUUGGUGAAGGAUUCCUCUGUCGAUUCAGUUGCUAAGAACAACGAGAAGCUAAUAAUCGAUAAGCUGGCUCAACGGGAUGAAACCAUCAGUGAACUGCAGAGAAAGCUGUUACUUAGCGAGGAACUGACCUCCAAGCUGGUUCUAGAGCUGGCCGAGAGCCAGAAAAAGGACUCUUCCAGGCAGCGUCUAGAAGCUGAGGCUUUGUUCGCUAAGACAAAGUUUUACCAAAUCUAUUCAUAUCUCCAGGAAACGGAUAUUAAACUGAAGGAUGCCACCGAACGAGUAAAUAAAAACACAGACAAAGUGAUCGAUAUAAUGGAGCUGCUCAACCAGGUAAAAGCAAAUGUCGACAAGGAGCUGGCCAGUUUGCUGGAACAACACCAAGCCAACCAUGAUUUGCUGGCUGCGCGUUCUAAAACGAUCAUAAAAUUGCAGCAGAGCGAGUUGAAAUUUAAGGAGCAAUAUGGAAACCUCUUCCAAGAACUGAGCCAGAAAAAUACGCAGAUGAACCUGCUAAACAACGAACUUGACGCCAAGAAUGAUCAGCUCGACCAGGUAUUAAAAGCUCUGAAGGAGAAACUGGAUGCUGUGGCCAAGCAGCAGAACACAAUCAGGCUGCUGGAGGAGCAGGCAUUGCGUACUUCUUUAGUGCGCACCAAGCAUGAGGAGCGUAUGGCCUCCAUGCAGGUGGAAAUUGCGCAGCUGAAGCAGUGUUUGAGCAAUCAUGCUCAUGUUAUGGUUGCCAACAUCCAAGGCAUGGAAGCUGUGAGGGCUCAGCAGUAUCCACUUCCUCAGCCAGAGCUGUAGACUUCCGGCGUUAACUUUACUUACCACUGCACAUCCUAUGACCCGCUGAGUCCUCUAAUAUUUCCCACGGAUUUUGCCACACAAAUUUAUUGUACCUUUUGGCUCUUUCGUUGAUUUUCAGUAAAGAGAUCUUUAUAGAA